AUGGGUUGGAGGUACCAUGCUGGGUUGGGACUUAUUGGAGCUUUUGUCUUAAUAUGGGUUAGUUCUGCAGAAAUAACUCAGAGGAUUUUUGAGGAGUAUAAACAGCCUUUUGCGCUAACUUACUUUGGAGUAUCUGUGGUGAUGAUCUAUUUUCCCAUUUCUGUUAUAAAAGAGUGGAUUUACAGCUUAUUGAACAUUUUGUUUAGAAAAAUUUAUGAGGACUAUACAUCUGUUAGAACAGAUGGGAUUCUCCAAAGACCAGAAACUGAUCUAAAAAAUAGUUUGAUCACUGACAACGAAAUUAGAGAAAUGGAAGAAGGGAUGCCUUUAGUUAAGAAAGAGAAAGAUGAACCUCCCUUGCUUGCAGAUUGUUAUGAAAGUAGUUCAUGGAAAAUUGCUAAAUGUGGCUUGUACCUUACUCCAAUAUGGUUUGCACAAGAGUAUUUUUCAAAUAUGGCACUUGCAAAUACUAGUGUUGCUAGUACAACGGUACUGAAUUCCAUGUCAGGUCUCUUCACCCUUUUCUUUGGAGCCCUGCUUGGCCAGGAGUCAAUAAAUAUAACAAAAACAACAGCUGUUUUAAUCAGCAUGGCUGGAGUCGCCAUGACAACUAUUGGAAAAACAUGGGUAGCAGAUGGGCAUAUCAGCAUCUCUGAGACUCGAAAGCAUUCUAUCAUUGGCGAUGUUUUUGGUCUACUAUCAGCAGUAUGUUAUGGCUUAUUCACAGUGCUUCUCAAGAACUCUGCUGGAUCUGGAGAGAAGGUAGACAUGGAAAAGCUUUUUGGCUGCAUUGGUCUCUACAGUUUUCUUGGCUUUUGGUGGCUAGCAUGGCCAUUAAAUGCUGUGGGAAUUGAACCCUAUUUCAAGUUUCCAAGUUCAAUCUCCACUUGGGAGAUUGUUAUUGCAAAUAGCAUAUUCUCAGGGGUGAUUUCAGAUUUUUUAUGGGCACUUUCUAUAGUUUGGACAACUCCUUUGGUAGCUACAUUGGGCAUGUCCUUGACAAUUCCUAUUGCCAUGAUAGCUGACAUGGUUAUACAUGGCCGCAAGUACUCUGCAAUGUACAUCUUUGGAUGCAUUCAGGUUUUUGCAGGAUUUACACUAGCAAACCUUUCGGAUAAGAUUUCAAGAAGUGACAGUUGA